AUGGAGAAUGCUGAAGUGGAUUGGGAAAAGCUUCCAACACUUUGUCUCUUUUUGGUUCUUGACAAAUUAGGUGUUCCUAGCAAUUUGGUUCGAUUUGGUGUAGUCUGUAAGUAUUGGUAUUCCGUUUUCAACAAUUUUCUUAACUCAAAAAGGCGAUCAUCACCGAAUCUAGUUCCCAUGCUAUUGAUUCCAACAAGAAUGAGCAACAGAGUUAGACAAUUAUGUAGCUUGCAAGCCAAAACAAAAAUCUACAACAUUGAGUUACCAAAGUCUCAUAUCAAGAGAUCUUGUGGGUCUACUUAUGGUUGGUUAGCUGCUGUAGACAAGAACAUGGCCAUAACCCUCUUAAAUCCUUUUAAAGAUGGGGUCACAAUUGAUUUACCUGAGAUUGAAGUUCCUAAUCCAGGAUACCCAUAUGAAUAUAAUGAAUAUGAUGUUCAUAAGGUUAUCUUGUCAGCAGAUCCUUUAUCAUAUCCGGAUAGUUAUGUGGUUGUGGUUAUAUAUAGCAUGAGAUCCAGAUUGGCCUUCUACAAAUCCGAAGAGAAAAGUUGGAUAUAUCUAGAUAAGGAUCUAGAGGCUUUCACUGAUGUUAUUUUUUAUAAAAAUUUGGUUUAUGCUAUCGGAACUCGGAGCUUGAUAAUCUCUUUUGAUGUUAAUCAUAGUCUCGACAAUAAUUUGAAACCAAAGGUGAAGAUACUCAUGUCGAUGCGUCAAGGGUUAGAAGAUUAUGUUGAUCACGCGUAUCUUGUUGAAUUAUCUCAGGGAAAUCUAUUCUCUAUUAAAAAGGAAAUUGAUGUUGAAGAGUAUCAUUGUUGUGCUCAUUUUACGAAAAGUUUCAAAGUUUUCAAGUUGAUUUUGGAUGAUCAAAGUGGUGAAUUGUUAGAGGAAAAAGAAGUAAAGAAUAUAGAUGGAGAUGUAGUGUUUGUGGGUGAUAAUCAGACUUUGGCAGUUUCAGCUUUGGAUUUUCCUGAAGCUCAACCUAAUUCUAUAUAUUUUACAGAUGAUUAUUUCAUUUAUACUACUUAUAAGCCAUUUGGCCCUCGAGAUAAUGGUUUUUUUAACAUGAAAGAUGGAAAAGUAGGGAAACAUUAUCGAUUCAGACCUUGGCACAAAUAUCUACCUCCUUUUAUUUGGAUUCAACCACCAGUUGAAUUUAGAUUACGGUAG